AUGGGUCUCCUCACGCUGCUCGUCCACAACGAUGCGAUCAAGACUGAUCCCAAGGAGAUCUAUGGAUGGAGGGUGUACGCUCUAGCUUGUUCGGCAUGCUUCGGCGGUAUGCUGUUUGGCAUGGAGACUGGUAUCAUCGGCGGCGUGCUCACUCUGGACAACUUCAAAGAGCAAGUGGACCCUGUUGCACAAGUCAUAAGAGACGGGACGGCCAUAGCUAACUUGGAACAGAGACUAUGGUCUCGCGGACUUGGUUGA